ACAUUACAUAUUUUUAGAAAAGGUCUAAAUGUCAACUUAUUUUUUUCCCCGUUAAUGGGAAAGGCAAAGGCAUAGCCAUGCAGCCAUCGUCAAAGGUACCUAUGGUUCUGUCUAAUUAUCACCUGGCUCGAAUGACGUUCUAGGAAGUACGGUCAGCAAGAAAAACUCAACAUAGCAGCAUCAAUUGGUAGGCCAGUAAAAAUAGAAUUUAACCUCGCAAUAUUAUCGAUCCAAUUUUUUUGUAAGGCUUAGGGUCACUUACUGAGCAUAAAAUCACUAAAUGCUAUACCCAGAUUUUUCUUUUUUUUCUUUCUUUCUCUAUUUUUUCAUUUUUUCUCGUACAUGCAUACAUUAUAUUAGUAAAUAACCAUAUCUUUAUACAUAAAUUAUAUAUAAGGAUAUGGUUAUUAUUGUACUGUACGUCGUCGAAAGAGUAAAGACUAGGCGGUGUGGUCUAUAGACUAUAGGCCUGCACGGGCAAAUAAAAAAAAACUAAUACGUCGUCGUUAGUUUUUACAUCCUCUUUGCUAAAAAUCUACUGUUAAGUGUUAACUGAGCUGAGUGUUAUGUUAUUCAGUUUUGAGUUUAUUAUUAGUUAAUUAGUUACUUACUAGUUAAUACUCCUAUCUAUGGCUGUUACCGAGUUAUACUAUGUAACGUGUUAUGUAUUGUUAUUUAGUUGUUGAAUAUUUUAAAUUAUAAAUCAUAAAACGAUUCUCGCUUUUUUAUAAGUCAAGUAGAUUAUAUCUAAUCUCUACUGACCAUUGAAUGUGAUAACGGAUAAUGUUGUCUCGAUACGUGGUGUCGCAAGUGAAGCACAAUUCGUACUUCCUUGUGGGUUUGACCCUUGGUCUGUGGGUUGCGCUAGUGCUGGUACCCAUAGAUGAUGAGGAGGCGUGUGUCAGUGCCGCAGUUAGCGGGCCCGGAGCUGACAAUGAUGAAUUCGAACCGAAUCGUGAGGAACGUCCUCUGGGAUCCGCUGGUCAGCCGGGCCGGAGUGUGCAGCGACCUCGAUACUAUAGCACCGAGCUAGGAAUGCGCGCAGGACUGCUGGCAGGUGCAUUAAGUUCAGAAGAAGUAUUGGACACUCGGGGAGCUGCUCUGAACAAUACUGCUGCACACUUACAGCCCGCUCUGCGAUUCUUCAUCACAGCAAGCAGUCUAAAAGCAACCCCAGGGCGUGCUAAUGUAGUUGGUUUUACAGACACCAGAGAAAUGCUUAAACCAUUCCAUGCACUGAAAUAUCUUGCUGAUAAUUACUUGGAAGAGUAUAAUUUUUUCUUUUUGGUGUCUGAUUCCUCAUAUGUGAAUGCUCGUCGAUUGAACGAACUAGUAUCUAAGCUAAGUGUUAGUCAAGAUGUGUACAUGGGAACUGUGGCAGAUGACGACACCCAUUACUGUACCUUGGAGGGAGGUAUCCUGCUGUCUAACUCGGUGCUACGCGCAGUGCACGGUGCACUGGAUUGGUGCGUGCGGAACUCGUACUCGCCGCACCACCACGAGAACAUCGGCCGCUGUGUGCUGCACGCUGCACACCUACCUUGUGCCUCGCACCUGCAGGGUGAGACAUACGAGUCCGCGCGCGCGGUGAGUGACGCCGAGCCGCUGUGGCUCCGUGAGCAGCUCGCGGACGCCGUGACCGUGUAUCCUCUGUCCGCGCCGCACCACUUCUAUGAGCUGCACGCCUACGUGUGCCGAGUGUACCUGGAGCGGCUCCAGCGGCAGGUGGCUGCGGAACGAGCUGGUGCGGCCCGCUCCCUGCGGCGACACCCGCGCGGCUUCCGGAACACCACGUGGCCCAGCGCGCUGCGAGCUGACGCCGGCCUGGCUCCGCCCUCACCCGCCUCCAGGUUCGACCACCUGCGCUGGACACGCUUCAAUGGCACUCAUGCGCUACUUCCCGAUGACCUGCGCGCUGUGGGUCCGCUCACCGGUGCUAUGCUACAAGCCGUGCAGAUGGUAGUGGAGGAGAGCACAGCGUGGGCCAAGCGGCGAUGGGGCGCGAGUGGCGCGAAGCUGGUGGAGGGAGCCUGGUGCUGGCAGCCGCCGUACGCGCUGCGGUACUCGCUGCUGCUGCAGCUGGAGCAGGAGGAGGGGAGCCAGGUGUCGCGGUGUGUGCGGCAGCUGGAGGCGGUGAGGCCGCUGGGAGCCGCACGGCUGGCCCCCGCACGCUACGUCACCGAGAGCACGCGGCUGACGGUCGUCCUGCCACUGGGGGGGCACGACCCCCACGAGGAGUUUCUGCGGCGGUACGAGAGCGUGUGCGUAGAACGAGAUGGCAACACGGCGCUGGUGGUGGUGGCAGAUGCGAGAUUAGUGGGGGAGGUGCAGGUGGCCACACGGGCGCUGCAGGCCCGGCGCCCCGCCGCGCUGGUGGACGUGCUGCCGGCGGGGGAGGGGGGGGACACAUUGGACGCCGCUGCGCACCACCUGCAGGCCGCGGGGGACGCGCUGCUGCUGCUGCUCCGACCCGACGCAGAGUUCUCUCAGGACUUCCUGGAUCGCGUCCGUAUGAACACUAUCCGCGGUGAGCAGUGGUACUCGCCGGUGGGGUUCGCGCGGUACGUGGCGCCGGGCGGGGCAGGGGGGGCGGGGGCCGGGGCGCACCACGACACCGGCCGCUUCCUCCACACGCAGAACGACAUCCUCGCAGUGUACAGGGACGACUAUAUUGCCGUUGUUCCUUCUUACUUCAGAGAGUCCCAUUACGUCGAAAUUGAUGUUUUCAAGAGCGUGUGA